AGAAAACUCUUUCCAAUUGAAUUUGAGAUGAUGUAGAGAGAAAAAAAUAUGCGCCUGAACUCUCCCCAUCUAUUCAAAGAUGAAAGAUUUUCUAUAUUUUGUAUGGAUCAAAUUAGUAAGAGAGACGGCCCAUUACUAAAACCUAACCUUGAGCCUCCUUGCAUAUCUGAAGUCUGAACAUCGAAAGGGACGCUUUAUUCGUUGUUGGAUGUUGGUGGAUCUGGAUGCUAUUCCUUGAUUCUUAUUUCUUAUCCACUUGGAGGAUCUGAGGAUGGGGUUCUCGUUGGUGGAUUCAUUGGGUUCUCAAGUUUUGGUGAGAAAUUAUCAUCCAGGGAGGUCAAAGUUUCAAUCCUUUAGUGAAAGAGGAACGCAUACAAUCAAUUUCAAGUUAUCAGAGGUUCGGUCUCCUUCAGCAAGAAUUUUGUUCAGUAAGCGUGAAGCAAUUGAAUUUGAGGAGAGAACGAGCCCAGAUGAGGUCAGACAAGAGAUAGAACGGUGCUAUGAACUGAUUCGAAGACUUGGGAGGGGAGUUGUUUAUUUGGGUUCAUCAAGGAUGGGACCUGGUCAUUCGCAUUACAAGCAAGCAGUGGAGUUGGGCAGAGAGAUUGCGAACCUUUUGGAUUGCACUUCAUGGUCAGGGGCUGGUCCCGGGCUAAUGGACGCUGCUACUAAAGGUGCUUUACAGGCAGGAAAACCAGUUGGUGGAUUUAAGAUAGGUAGGGAAGCUGGCGAAUGGACAGCCUCAAACUUUCAUCCUUAUCUGCCUUCAGAAACGUAUCUGACUUGCAGGUUUUUUUCUGCGAGGAAGCAUGGGUUGGUGGAUGCUGCAGUCAGGAGCACCAGCUCUAUUAGAACUGCUGUUGUUGCUCUCCCUGGAGGUAUUGGUACUCUGGAUGAGGUGUUUGAGAUAUUAUCGCUGAUUCAACUGGAACGGAUAGGGUCAGAGCUUCCGGUUCCCUUCCUUCUAAUGAACUAUGAUUCAUUCUAUUCAAAGUUAUUGGACUUCCUUGAUAAUUGUGAGGAUUGGGGUACCGUGUCCAAAGGAGAGGUUGCAUCCCUAUGGAAUGUUUGCAACAGUAAUUCAGAGGCUUUGGCUUAUUUGGCGGACUUUUAUAAUCUCCCUCUUAGCGAUGAAGGCUGGCUUGCUCAAAGUCUUCGCGGGACAGUCCCUUCAUAGUCUCCAGUGGAUGAUGAGCCAAUUGUUAUUAGAUUUGUUUCAACGUUCAAUGACAUCAAAAAUGCUUUACUUUGAGUCCUAGAUCUUUGAGUCCUAGAUCAUUCAAAGGUCCACCAGGGUAUUCCUUCCGGGUUUACUGUCAUCGAAUCCUCCAGACUUUUGGAGAAAUAAGAAAGAGAAACAGGUAUUUCCCUGCAA